AUGAGUCGACCACAAUUUACAUGGGACACAUCUUGUUGUUUGCGAGAUGACGAAUUUGGGCGUCAAGCAAUUGCAGGCAUAAACCAUCUAAGCAUUGAAAGGCUUACAGUUUUCCCACCUGUAAGCAAGCUUGAUCCAUCAAUCUAUGGUCCACAAGAGUCGGCACUCAAGGAAGAACAUUUAAAGGGCCAUCUUGAUGCCAUGUCCGUACAACAGGCAUAUCGUAUGGGAAUGUCGAAUGCGUUAGAAGAAAACAAGCUGUUCAUACUAGACUAUCAUCAUGACAUGUUCCUUCCAUUUCUCAACCAAAUAAAUGCUCUGGAGGACCGAAAGGCUUAUGGAACACGUACGAUAUUGUUCUUGACCUCAUUGGGAACUUUAAAGCCAAUUGCUAUUGAGCUCAGCUUGGCUACAACCAAGUCAGGGUCACCAUCCAAGCCAGCUGGUGGCCCAAACUCUCAACCCAAAAAGAUCUCAUAUCCAUUAUCACCACCAUCAUCUGGAUCACAUCAGCCAAACGUGCUGCUCUGA